UUUUCGUCGGGGUGGUGAUGUCGCAAAGGUAGACAAAGUGACAAAAGUAGUGAAAAUUUAGUAAUUCUGUCUCAUUUUAUGAAGCCUAAUCACAUCAUUUGUUAAUUUUCGAGAUUAAUUUGGGGUGUCAAGUUUCUCUAACUGCUAUCAAAAUUGAGACCCAAAGUGAAUCAGCCAGGAUGUCGGGUGAUCAAAAAACCCUCAUCAAGGGCAAUCCUUCGCAGUAUGUGAAAUUGAAUGUGGGAGGAUCGCUCCAUUAUACUACAAUUGGAACGCUGUGUAAACAGGACACUAUGCUUCGUGCCAUGUUUAGUGGCCGAAUGGAAGUGCUAACCGAUUCCGAAGGUUGGAUACUUAUAGACCGAUGUGGUGGCCACUUUGGAACAAUAUUAAAUUUUCUUCGAGAUGGUAGUGUAGCACUUCCGGAAACCACCAAAGGUAUCGCUGAGCUGCUGGCCGAAUCCAAAUAUUACUGUAUUGAAGAACUAGUCGAAGCAUGUGAGAAAAUUCUUGCAAAGAAAGAACGUGAGUCACGUGAGUCGGAGCCGAUUUGUCGGGUUCCAUUGAUUACGUCCCAAAAAGAGGAGCAAUAUUUAAUCACCACUGCAACUAAACCCGUCGUAAAGUUAUUAAUCAAUCGACACAAUAACAAGUACAGCUACACAAAUACUUCGGAUGACAACCUCUUGAAAAAUAUUGAGUUGUUUGAUAAGCUUUCAUUACGAUUCAGCGGUCGCGUUUUCUUUAUAAAGGAUGUGAUCGGAUCUAGUGAAAUCUGUUGCUGGUCAUUUUAUGGCAAUGGUAAAAAAGUCGCAGAGGUAUGUUGUACUUCGAUUGUGUACGCCACCGACAAAAAGCACACUAAAGUUGAGUUUCCUGAGGCACGAAUUUUUGAGGAAACACUGAAUAUUUUAUUGUAUGAGAAUAAAAAUGCACCAGAUCAGGAAUUAAUGCAAGCAACUUCAUUAAGGGGGGCCGUUGGUGGAAUUUCUUCCUACACCAGCGACGAAGAAGAAGAACGCACCGGACUUGCAAGAUUACGUUCGAACAAACAGAAUAAUCCAACAUGAUUUUCACAUCAGUUGGUAUUGAGGAAGAAGUUGUUGCCAAAGAGAAAUUGAAGCGAUGUGUGGAAUUUUAACAGAGAGAUCUGAGUGCAACAUGAAAGUUCAAUAUGUCAGUUGCUGACUAAAUUUAAUCAGCAACAUUUUUUUCAUAUUCACACUAACAUAAAAUAAGUCAUAUGGAUAAGUUUUAUUUUCUAGAAAAAAGCACAUUUUGAUAAAAAAUCCUACAUCGAGACUAAAGAAACAUUAUAUCUACAGGUAAAAUACAAAUACAAAGUAUUUGUAAGUGAGCAUUUCUUCCAAUUCCUAAAACACACAAAAUAUGAUGUGUACUGGUUCUAGUAUGAAAAAUACUUCGGAUAUCUUAUUGUAUUGCAUAUCCUAGCACUUCGUGUGUUGGUUAUCGUGACAUCUAAUUGAUUAUUAGAAAACUUCUAUUUCGGUAAUGACAUGUUUUUCUUUCUUUCUUGUCGUACCAUUCCAUAAAAGAGUCGAUGUGUACUAUUAUAGCGAAUUUCCGAAAUUCGUCAUAUAUUUUCUGGUUGCAGAUACUACUUCGACAUAUGUUGAAAAUUGUAUAUAGCAAUUUGUAGUUCUCGUUUUACAAAAUCGAUUUCAAUUUUUUUUUCGUUAGAUUGUUCAGAUUUAAACUUUUGUUUAGUAGAAUAAACGGUUUAAAAUGAAACAGGUACCCUAGGAUUAACUCAUUAUAUACGAAAUAAAAUGUUGCAAAACCUCAAA